CGACUCACGUGGGCGCGUAUCGACGUCAAGCCGGAAGUGCCACCGUAGCCUGAGCAAGGCACGAAUUGGGCGUGCUCUUGACCUGCUCUCUCUGCUGAGCAGGCUCACUUCCUUAAAUCUCAUUCCCAUCCUACCGAGUUCCCUACGGUGGGCUACGCACCUGGAGCAUGGAUGCGCUGUUUGUACCGCUCGCCGCGGCGGUGGGUGCUUCGCUGGACCAGGUCAAGUUGAUAUCCUGCUUGUUGGUAUCGUACCCGUUAGGCAGCGUUUUCAUCAGACUACCUGUUUCCCGGCCCAACCUAAGACAUGCAUUCAACGUUGCUGUCACGUCAAUGUACCUGCUGCCCAUACUGAACAUGGGAACCGCGUACUUCCAACUACUCGCCGACAUCUUGCUCACAUAUUAUGUCGCUGCGUAUGUUAAAAGCUCAAAAAUGCCGUGGAUCGUCUUCGGCAUCAUCAUGUCGCAUCUCACGCUGAAUCAUGUAAUACGAGCAUUGCUAGGCCACAGCUACGAAACCUACGAAAUCACGGGUCCGCAAAUGGUGCUGACCAUGAAGCUUACGACGUUCGCUUGGAACGUGUAUGACGGCCGUAGACCUACGGAGGAACUCGACAAGUGGCAAACUGAGAAGCGAGUCGCCGAGUAUCCAUCACUUCUUGCCUUCCUUGGCUUCGCGUUCUACUUCCCAGGUUUUCUUGUUGGCCCAUCUCUCGAAUAUGCGGAUUACGACACGCUGGUCCACGGCACCCUCUUCAAGAAACUUGAGAAGAAGGAUAGCACCGGACGCGGUAGCCACAAGCUCAUACCAAAGGGUAGGAAACGCGUGGCGUACCGCCGUAUGAUCUUGGGCCUCGCUCUGCUUGGGACGUACGUUACCUUUGGGGGCUCCGCCCAUCUUGGGGUCACGGUGCAGGACUGGUAUGUCAAGAAGGGCUUCCUCUACCGGAUUGUCUAUCUACAGUUCUGCGGUUUCAUCGAGCGCACCAAGUACUACGCUAUCUGGACGUUGACAGAGGGUGCCUCUAUUCUGACCGGACUUGGGUUUACUGGGUUCAACUCCAAUGGCAAGUCGACAUGGAAGGGCGCCGCAAACGUGGACAUGAUGAACAUUGAGUUGGCGCCGAACUUCAAGAUUUUGCUUGACUCGUGGAACAUCAAGACGAAUGUCUGGCUCAGGGAGUGUAUCUACAAGCGUGUGACGCCGAAGGGCAAGAAGCCAGGGUUCAGGAGCAGCAUGCUGACAUUCGCCACGAGUGCGAUCUGGCACGGGGUACAAGGCGGAUACUACCUGACCUUCGCCUUCGGAGGCUUCAUCCAAACCGCACAGCGUCUCUGCCGGCGUCACAUUCGCCCUCUCGUCCUCCCCGCGACAUACGUGGCCGCAAGGGGCGCACCGCCACCUCCUCAGACCACGAUCAAGCGCACGUACGAUAUUGUCGGCACGCUCGUCACGAUUCUCAUCCUCAACUACGCUGUUAUCCCGUUCAUGCUCCUCGAUGUGCGGCCGUCCCUCACUGGCUGGGCGAAUCUCAAAUGGUAUGGCCACUUGGCUAUCGGCGGCGUGCUUGUGAUCUUCUACACCGGUGGUGCAGGCGUGUUGAGGAGCCUGCAGGCAAAGAGGGUCGGGAAGGCCGGUAUGUGGGCGGCUAAGGAGAAGGAGGAUUCGGGGAAUGUGUCUGACGCGUCGCAGGCACCAGUCCUGCCGCCUCUCGACGAUGCCGCGAAGGGGCUGGAGGCGUCUGGCUUCGUGAAAAGGGUGAACGACUCGAAGCAUUCGAGUUAAUUGAGUUACGUCCGCAAUCUACCGUAGUGCACGAUCAUUGUUUGUCGUCCUACUAUAUUUACUCGUAAUGCGCAAAUUAGAUGUGGCUUCAGUGCGGGCGAGGUUCAAA